CGAACACAGUAAACAAUAAAAGCAGUAGUAGACUACUAGUGCGCGUUCACAUGUCGGAACUAGGACACUCGGAAAUGUCAAUUUUGCUGAAUCGUGAACGCCGCACAUGUAUAACAACAAUCAUUUACCUAGUUAUACAUUUCCGAAUUUCGACUACAACGUGAACGCGGCAUAGUACUACGGGUGACCAAAUUCAGUCCGAAAAGCAGACUACAUACCCUGCUUGUAGGGUCACCGCGAGCUAGCUAGUCUACUGCAAUAUGGCACUUUUUCAUUUGAUUGCAGGUUGGAUUGGUUAUGUUCUUAUGUGCCUACUUGGUUUGAUUUUGAUCGUAUUUCUCUGUUUUUGUCUGUACAUAAAAUAUAUUCAUUUGAAAUAUGAUCACAUACCGGGACCACCAAGGGACAGUUUUAUAUUCGGACAUUCCGCAAUCCUGAGGGAAACUAGCAAUGGUCGAGUUAUCCACGACAAAUUCCUGGAAUGGUCUGAGACAUAUGGACCGGUGUACCGUAUCAACGGUAUKCACAUUGUGAUGCUGUUUGUCACCUGCCCUGAUACCACCAAGGAAGUGCUGAUGUCACCAAAGUACCCCAAAGACUCACUGGUCUACAAGGGUCUUUUCAAUCUAUUUGGACAGAGGUUUCUGGGAAAUGGUCUGAUUACGGCUCAUAAUCAUGAUGCGUGGUACAAACAGAGAAGGAUCAUGGACCCUGCCUUCAGCAGUCUGUACCUGCGUGGUCAGAUGGGUGCGUUCAACGAGCGGGCAGAGCGUCUGAUGGAUAAACUGGCAGACAUGGCUGACACCAACACAGCCGCCAACAUGCACCAAAUGUUCAACCUUGUGACCCUGGAUAUCAUCACCAAGGUGGCGUUUGGAGUGGAUCUUGAUCUGUUGAAGGAGAGUGACACGCAGUUCCCCAAAGCCAUAGAGAUGUGUCUGAAGGGAAUGGUCCACUAUGUCAGAGACUCCACCUUCCAGCCAAAGAACAAGAAGUUCAUCAACGAGGUGAAASAGUCUGUUCGGCUCCUGCGUUCGACAGGCAGACGGUGGAUCAACGAGAGGAAAAUGGCCAUCCAAAAUGGCGAGGAUGUUCCUAAAGAUAUCCUGACACAGAUCCUCAAGACGGCUGGCAAAGAGGAAAACAAAGACAAUGAAGAUGAGGAGCUUAUGCUGGACAACUUUGUAACGUUAUUCGUUGCGGGGCAAGAGACAACAGCCAAUCAACUAGCUUUUGCUGUCAUGGAACUGGGAAGGCUGCCAGAGAUAUUGGCCAAUGCGAAGCAAGAAGUGGAUGAUGUCAUCGGGAUGAAACAGGAAAUCAGCUUUGCUGACCUGGGGAAAAUGACCUACCUGUCUCAGUUCAAUUCAUACGUCUGUGGACGGUUGGAUAAGUUCUUUGAGGAGCCGCUGAAGUUUGACCCAGAGAGGUUCCAUCCGGACACUGCCAAGCCCUAUUACUGCUACUACCCCUUCGCCCUGGGACCACGCUCAUGUCUGGGACAGAGCUUUGCACAGAUGGAGGCGAAGGUAGUGAUGGCCAAGCUUCUCCAGAGGUUUGACUUCAGCCUGCUGCCUGGCCAGUCCUUUGACAUCCUGGACACUGGCACUCUGAGACCAAAGAGUGGAGUGGUGUGUAGCAUCAGACACCGAGGACAGACAGCCGCAGCCUGACUACUGGAACCUGGAGAUGACUAGCCCUUGUCUUUCAACUCAACAUAUUUCUUAUUCGACUCAUUCCGUCUUUCUUCUUUACUGUCUUAAAAAAAAAAGAUUAACACAUCAUCAAUGUUUCAACCAAUCUUGCGCAUAUAUUUGCAUGUAUUCUGAACAAAAAUAUAAAUACCACAUGCAACUUUUCCAAUGGAUUUACUGAGUUAUAGGGCUAUAUAAGGAAAUCAAUCAAUUGAAAUAAAUUCACUAGGCCMUAAUUUAUGGAUUUUACAUGA